UCCCAAUAUAUACCCCCUGUAUGUGUCAAGGGCAUGUCUUUAUAGUUUUCAUGUACAAGUAAGUAUUUCAUGUCUUGUAUUUACAUACAGUAUGUACAUACAAGGCACUGUUUCCAGCCCUGUAAUUAAUAUGGUUCAUGACUGUACAUGCUGCAAAAGCUAUCAGCCCAUGCAUCCAUAGGAAUUAGGGAAGGUGUGGGUAGGAUCUGGUUUAUUGAUUUUGCCUUCAUCAGCUGGAGGCCACUGUCUGGUGUUCUCUGAAGCAGCCCACUAUAUCUGUAUCAACUGCUAGGAGACGACCUGUGUUUAUUUGUGAGCCUCUACAUCUUACAGAGAGAUUAGGCAAGCACUGGUCAACCAAUGUAGAGAAGUGCCACAUCUUUUUAUCAGUCACUUGAAUAGCUGAGACCCUCAUCCCUGAAAGGUUCAGUAAAUACCAACACAAAGCUGAAACUGGUCAUUGCUGUUUAUAUAAUUACACUUGAGGACAACUGCAAUCACCAGGUGAAGUCUGUCGUCAAUUCUUGGCAAGGAAACCAUUGUUUGAUGGAGUUUUCGUUAUUACCUAAAGUAAUCAAUGGGGGUAUAGCUGGAAUUGUAGGGGUAACAUGUGUGUUCCCCAUUGACCUGACAAAGACACGCCUACAGAAUCAACAGCCAGGACCUAAUGGUCAGCUUCUCUACCGCAGUCUGUGGGACUGCUUUUCGAAAACCUACAGAAAUGAGGGCUUCCUGGGGAUGUACAGAGGGUCUGGAGUCAACCUGGUCCUGAUCACUCCAGAGAAGGCCAUCAAACUUGUUGGCAAUGACUUCCUACGCUAUCAACUUACAGAUCACAGUACUGGCAAGCUGACACUGCCUCGGGAGAUAUUGUGUGGGGCAGGAGCAGGGUUGUUCCAGAUCAGUGUUACUACACCCAUGGAACUCAUCAAGAUACAGCUGCAGGAUGCUGGGCGAAGUGCUCAUCUCAAUGUGGCUACCAAUGGAACAGGUACUGCAUCCAAGUUAACAGCUAUGAAAAUCAUCUCAUCACUGCUGAAGGAAAAAGGCUUGACUGGCCUGUAUCAGGGAUGUGCAGCCACAAUGCUGAGAGACGUCACAUUUUCUGCAUUAUACUUCCCUUUCUUUGCUCACCUAAAUGCCAUGGGUAAACGACGGGAGAACAGCACAGAGGCAGUGUUUUACCAUACUUUACUGUCUGGAAUAAUUGCUGGAGGCACAGCGUCCCUCUUUGUCAACCCAUUGGAUGUUGUCAAAACCAGACUACAGACAUUAGAAAAGGGAGCAGGAGAACGAAGUUACACUGGUAUUGUAGAUUGUUUCAGGAAAGUGUACAAAUAUGAGGGCAUUAAAGCAUUCUACAAAGGUGGACUGUGUAGGAUCCUUGUCAUAGCACCGCUGUUUGGUAUAGCACAAACUGUGUACUACAUUGGUGUUGGAGAACUCCUGAUCUCACUAGUCACAGGCACCUCAGAUUAGGUCACACCAGAACAGUCGGCCACACUCCACAAACAAUCAGGGGAGAAUUUUAUUGUGCCUGGUGCUGGGCUACAUGUUUAUGUACUCUAGUCUUAUCACAAAGAAAUAAUCUUUCAUGUGUUUGCAAAUGGUAAUGAUCAGAUUCAGUUUGUUUAAUUUUUACUACAGUGCUAUUUUUAGUGCCAUUUUAUCUGAAUACAUUUACAAGAGAUUUAGAAAGGGUUUUAUUUUUUGAAGUAGUGCUAUUUAAUAGGUAUUUUGUUAUUAAAUCGAUUUUAAUGUUUCCUUAAUAUCAAACAUACAGAAAAACUUCGUGACAAAAUAUAUCCAUAAUAGGUAACAUUACGAUCAACGAUUUUAGUUCCAUAUGCAACAUAGGGAAGAUGAUUUUCGUAUACCUGGUACAUAUAUACAUAUGAAUUGUAGAUACUUGUGGUAAAUUUCAUUUUAGAGAAAUGGUAAUGGGAUUAUCCAAUUGUGCUAUUCCUGUAUGAAGUAUUAUUUUCCCUAAUUUACAUCCAUCACCAUGAUUGAUUUGUUUAUAUGACCCAUGUUUGAAAGACGCAUUUAGUCAUAGAGUUAUUGUGUGUUCCAAAUGUGAGUGACAAUGUUACUUUGAGUCAAACAUUAUCCACAUAUCAAAAAUCAAAAUAUCCCUGAGAAAACAUCCCCAAGACAGAGUUGACCUCUGCUACACCAACUAAUUCAGGCAGCAUUUCUGACGAGUAACCCGGUAUGUAAUUGCAUGGAUUUGUUUUUGAUUCAUCAAUGAACUUUAUUUUAGCUAAUAUUUACCAACGACAUUAUUAUUGUUUGCUUAUUUUUGCAUUUAAGAAUAUCGUUGUAUGAAUAUUGGUUAUUUACUCAAGAGAAAUGCUUAAUUUAAAUGACUAGUCUUGAGGUGCAACGAAAAACUGUUGAAAGAUCUGCCAUGAAAGUGCUGAAUUUACAUCAUCCCUGUCUAUAAUUAAAUCAGUUUGCAAUUAUAAGCUUUUUGCUUAUGUUAAGAUAGUUUUGCAACAAUGAACAAUUUUGUCAUUCCAAGCAAAUUUUCUGCUCAAUACAUGGCUAACUGGAAGUCUGAGGUCCAGUUAACCAAGAAAUGCACUUCGAUUGGUAUAAUACACAUGUGCAAUAAGUUAUCUUUUAUUGCAUGUUAAUUAGAAGCCAUAUAUUUCAUGUACCUUUCACAAAUAAGAAAUUUGUGGACUAAAAUUUGAGUAAGAAAGCAAACUCUUAAUAAAAUAUCUGUUAUUAUAAGAGUUAUAUCUAAAAUAAAUAGCUUUUUUGUUGACAUCAACCAGUAUACAUGUACUUUAGCAUUCAUAUAGAUGAUGAAAGGAUCUAUAAAAGAAUUUGGAGCUUGAACUGGCUAUUGAAGUGCAUGUGUGAUAAUUAUUUCGUAGGUGAAUUAAAUUUUGUUACAUCAGGAAUAUGGUCAUAAUCAAUAUACUAACUUUGUAACACUAACUCUAUGAUAUAAUCAGAAUAUACAAUGCUGAUAAAUGGUGCUUGCCUUUUGACAAUAUACAUUAAGAUUGCCAAGUAAAAUUAAUACCAUCUUUGAGUAAUCCUGCUAUGAAGUGGUGAAAGAGUAUAUAUAAUAAUCAAAUAUUUGCCAAAUUGCUGUGAUCUGUGCUGUCAUUAUUGUGAUAGAAAUUUUAAUUCCUUUUUCAAGGCCUGCCAAAAUGUCAAAUCACCUUAAAAAUGUCAAAUUGUACAUGUAUUAAUUUAAUGAAUUAUUUUGUAAAUAUUAUUUAAUAUUGUGUUCAUUUUGUUAAACCAAAGCUAAAUAUCAGGGAUAUUUGUUUUACAAUUCAUCAAAAAAAUUCUUUUAAA